AUGGAUUCAGCUAUGUUAGCUAGCUUAAUACUACCCACGGUGAAGGCAGAUCCUAGGACUUCAGUGCCAGUCUUAAUUGCCAAUAUUCGUAACCAAAUAGGGUACACGCCCUCUUACCGCAAGGCUUGGAUAGCUAAGCAGAAAGCUUUGGAGAAGAUGCAUAGUGGGUGGGACGCUUCAUAUGAUGAAAUAUGGCAGUGGUGUCAACAAUGCCGAGGCGCAUUUGCAUAUUGUAAGCCAUUGGUACAAAUUGAUGGUACCUUUAUGUACGAUAGAUAUACCCAUCGACUAUUGCUAGCAGUCGCACAGGAUGGUAGUGGAAGAAUCCUUCCAAUUGCGUUUGCAAUAACACCGGGGGAGUCAGCUGAUCACUGGGAUUUCUUUUUUUCUAGGUUAAGGAUGCAUGUUUGCCCCCAACCUGAUAUAUGCGUUAUAUCGGAUCGAGGCACCAGGAUACUAGCUGUAAUUGAGCGACAGGGGAGCCUAUGGCAUCGCACACACCAUCGAUAUUGCCUAAGGCACAUUACUUCCAACUACUACAGGCAAUAUCCAUCUAAAGGGUAUGAAAUAAGUAAGAACCGUUUUCAUGAGAUGUUGACAGUUUUCCAUUCAGUUAACGAAGAGGGCCAUGACUACCUAUGCAAUAUACCUUUCGAACAGUGGACACAAGCAUACGACGGCAGCUUACGAUAUGGUCACAUGACCUCAAACCUGGCCGAAUGUAUAAAUUAUGUUCUGAAAGGAACACAUCAUUUACCGAUAACAUCAGUUGUGCAGGAGACAUAUUUUCAUUUAGCGGUACUAUUUCCGAAACGAGCAGCGAGUUAUGCAGGCCAAAUGCAGGGAGGCCAUGUAUGGUGUGCAAAGGUAUUGCAAGAAAUUAACAAGGCGAAAGUACGGGCGAACACUAUGCACAUAGUGUGUCACGAUCGAGACAACUUAUGGUUUCGUGUGACAGAGUUUGACAAAUCGCACCAAGGUAUUACUGGCGGGCAAUAUCAUGUACACUUAAGAAAUAGGACUUGUGAUUGUGGGAGGUUUGACGCACUUCGUUAUCCAUGCGCUCAUGUAAUUGCAGCUUGUCAAAAUCUUCGUCUGGAUCCCAUGAGUUAUGUCGAUGACGUGUACAAAUUGGAAUACAUGUACAAUGUGUGGAGACACAUAUUCCCACCGGUCCCAGAUGAGCGUAAGUGGCCCUCUGUAUCGCUUGCUCCGUUUAAGCUGUUACCGGAUAGAGAGUUGUGGCGUAAACCAAAGGGUCGAUCUUGCUCGACUAGAAUACGCAACAAUAUGGAUAUCCGAGAAACAAUGUGUGGAUGGUGUAGAAACCCAGGCCAUACAAGUAGAUCAUGUCCAAAUCGCAAUAGUUGA